AAUUAAAUGUCACCUAUAAAACACUUGGUGGGUAUGUGGAAGUGGACAAAUACAGAUAUCUUUAUUUUGUGAUUAUAUUUAUAGUAUAUAUUUUAACAAUCUGCAGUAAUUCUACCAUUGUGUCUCUCAUCUGGAUUCACCAAAACCUCCAUGAGCCUAUGUACAUUUUCAUUGCAGCCUUGUUACUGAACUCUGUUCUUCUCAGCACUUCUCUCUACCCAAAGCUGUUGACUGAUGUCUUAUCAGAGAAACAGAUCAUAUCAUAUCGAGCCUGUCUCUUUCAGUGGUAUGCAUAUUAUGUUCUAACAGGUUCAGAAAUGCCCCUGUUGGCAGCCAUGGCCUAUGACAGGUAUUUGUCGAUAUGUAAACCUCUGCAAUAUCCAACUAUCAUGAGAAAAACAAACAUCAGUAUUUUGUUGGUUUUAGCUUGGCUUCUGCCUGCUUGUCAAAUUACAGUGCCAGUUAGUCUGAGUGCUGAUGCUAAACUCUGUAACUUUACGAUUAGAGGACUCAUCUGUAGCAGCACCGUUUUCAAACUGCACUGUGUGAGGUCAGUAGUUUUAUAUGUAUAUGGCUUGGUUGUUUUGGUGAAUAUUUUAAUUCUCCCUGUCAUUUUCAUACUUUUUACCUAUAGUAGAAUAUUUAGAAUAUGCUACAGAAGUAGUAGAGAAGUCAGGAGAAAAGCUGCACAGACCUGUUUACCUCAUCUGCUGAUUCUAACCAACUUCACCUGUUCCAUGGGUUUUGAUGUACUGCUCGGGAGACUGGAAACUGAUUUUCCCCAAACUCUACGUUUAAUAAUGACUUUACAAUUAAUUUUGUACAGUCCUCUCUUUAAUCCAAACAUAUAUGGACUAAAAGUGAAAGAAAUUUAUAAACACCUCAAGAGGUUGCUUUGUCCAG